CAUGCGUGCAUCAUCCAUCUGGCUUUCUUUCUGUGUCAUUUAAACACACUUGUCUCACAAAGACAUUUCUCGCUGAAUUCCUGCUGUAAAGGAAUAUAUACAACCCAACUCAGUGGAGAUAUCUAGAUUUUUCCGAGUUAAAGAGGAAGCCAGUGCUGUUGAGUUUCAAGAGGCAGUCACAGGUAUCAAUAAAUGAAUCCAGACACUCAGAUGUGUUGAGUUAAUGUGAAAGUAUUUUGGCUGUAAGUCCCGUUUAUCUGCUUCUGAGCAAAUCAGUGCAGGAAAAGAAGUGAAUAAGGAGCCAACAUAGCAGCUGAGUUUUCCUGUUGCCAAGGAUGUCAAUUGACACUCUACAGCCGUCUCGGCGAUUAAUGAGGUUGGCUGGAACUCCUGGCACCCAAAGUCGUAACACAGAGAUCCAUUGUCCAGUCCAAUCAUUUCCUGGGAUGCGAAAACCGAGUGCAGUAGAACGCCUGGAAGCAGACAAGGCCAAGUAUGUCAAGAGCCAACAGGUGGCUUUGAAGAAGCAUCAGCCAGUCACUUGUCCCUCCAGCAACAGCCAAAAUGGACCAGGUACUCAACAGCCAACAAGAAAGUUACCUGUGAGACCCAGUGAGUCUGAGACUUCACCCUUUAAUCUGGAGCAUCUUUGCAAACUGAUCGAUGGUGUUAGUGAUUCAACUGUGCCAGUUGUUUCGCAAUCCAACAGCACUUGGAAAGCCCAGGAUGAUACUGACCCAUGCAAGCCCCUUUUCCCAACUCUCCAACUGAGUGCAAUGGAAGAACCUCCUGUUGGGUCGACUACAACAAGUCAAGUAAAAGCUGCAGUAGAGGCUUUAGGAACUAAUGGAGGUCCUAUCAUGACAGUGCGGAGAGUCGAUGUCAGGCCACAGUUACCUCAAAUGAGGAUGGCCAGUAGACCACAGCUGCAGAGCCGUCCACCGGUGCAGGUGCCCACGCCGCAGGUCCCAACGCAACUUCUGCGCUUGCUUAGACCCUACACACAGCCAAAUCAAAACCCAAUUGGCUUCAAACGGCUUCAUAAUGUUACGAAUGUCACUCGAGGACCUAUUAAACCACCAAGCAGUCCUGCCCCAAUGUCACCUACCUCUAAAUCUCCAUUGAGCCCAUUCAGUUCUUUACCUUUUCCCUUAAAACCAAACACUGAACCAGCAUCAUGUGCACCUCCUGCCCCUCUUACUCCAAACCCAGUAGCUCCGUUCCUGGUCAAAAAUGAUUUCCAAUCACCACCAUCUCCAGCCAUCACUCGCCAUUCCUCAGCAAGCUUCAGGAAGCGUCCUUCACUGACGCGUUCAAAAUCAGAUGUCAGCGACUGCUUUUCGCGAGCAGGGGCGGAGCUUGAACGCUUCUUUAAUUAUUGUGGCCUAGACCCAUCAGAUUUAGAGGAGCUAGCAAGACCAGGUUCCGACAUUGUGUCUGUUUCACGCCUCCGUAGUGCCAGUGCGCCGGCAUCUGAGCGCACGGCUAAUAGCGAUGAGGAGGAAGAGGCAGCAAAAGAUGAACGUCCUGUUUACGGUGUUUCCAUAAUUGAGAGAAAUGCACGAGUUAUCAAGUGGCUUUAUGGAAUGCGCCAAGCCAAAGAAAGUACCAAGGUGGCCAACAUGUAACUACAAGGGACUAACAUACAACCACAAUCCCGAUUGAAAUCAAAUAUAUCAACUUUGGGCUACAAUGCGCAAAAGGACAGUAUGUUGUACAAAGAGCUUCCUUUGCCUUACUCGUUCAGUAUUUGUCUUCUUGUUAUUUGUUAUCACUGGUUGUAGAGUUAAAUCCGCUGCGCAUUCAGUGCAGUUUAUAAUGGCCAAAGCUUGGUGGUAAUCUGGUGUUCUCAAACAGUGACAAUGCAUACAUGUAUUUUUGUGGUGACUGCCAAUAAGCUCGUAAACACAAAGCUAUUUGUUGCAGUUCAAGUAUCUUUUUCCGCAACGACAGGUUUACUUCUAAGGCCGGUUUAAAUGUUAGCAGAAAUUUUGGCAGAAAUAUCCAAAAUUGAUGGUAUUUCUGUCGUGGCUCGCAAUAAAAAUUGCAUUUAAUGUGGCCCUUUUUUGCAGCUAAUAAUGAAGAUUUAAGUCUUGUUUUACUAUCUUGUACAUGUAAUGAUUAAUAUGUAAACAUUGCCAUCGUUUAUCGAGGUGUUAAAACUCCUAGGUUUUCAUACUCACCACAAAUAUUUUUUCAUAAAAUAAAAUACUUUUUUAUUUUUUUUAUUGUGAACGCAAUGUUUGCCCUCACACUACUCUACAUUUAUAGUUGAUGGUUUGUCAUCAAAUGACAUUCCAAAACCACAGAGGAGGUUGACAGAAUUGAACUUACAAAAUAGCAGUUUUGGGUUCGAGUCCACCUUAGUCGAAGUUUUUAAACAAUCGAGUCCGAGUCCAAAAGGAGCUGAGUCGGACUCAAGGCUGAGUCCAUAGCAGGCAGUGUCCGAGUCGAGUCUGAAUGAAUCUGUUCAUGAAUCUGAAUUAAAAUUGUAACUGUAAACUCAACAUCAAUAUUUUAAGCUUAUUUUAACCUUCACAACUAAGAAAAAACUAUUUUUUCAAUAUAAAUAUAACAAACACACCUCUGUUGCCUUUCAUACAUAUAUAUUUUAUGAUUAGUAUCCUGUUGAACACACUUCAAAGUGGUUUCAGAAUUAAAGCAUAUGCUUUAGGUGUAUGAAGAAAAAACUGUCCUUCAACACAGUUCUUGUUGCGUUCUGUUGACAUUUAAAUAAUUUGUUGCUUUUUCUCCUCCACUCAAACAUAGACUAAAGAAAGUGAAAGCUGUGUUAGUCAUUACAACCAGGGUUAUUAUUGUUUCAAAUGUUAAUUUAGUUUUUAUUUCUACUUCAUUUUCAAUUUGUCCUUUCAAAUUUAGUUUGAUCUCUAUCUGCCGACUGAUUUGGGAAAAUACAUACAAAUGAGUCAACACAGUAGUAAUUAGCACUCGCCGAGAAGUUAUAUCUCAUGAUUUGACUGCAAACGCUACAUCCAAAAACACUGGAAAAGCCCACUGCUAAUAUAAGGUCCAUUUAACACGGAUAUGACAGUAUUGUUUAGUUAAUUCAUGGAAAACGCUGCUCGUACACCUGAAACCCUGAUGCGUUUGUGUGCGUCUCGCAAUAGCUGCCGUCGAAGAUCUUUUUUUAAUAUAUAUAUAUAUAUUUGCUUGAGCGGAAGCCGCGUUGGUCUGCAAUUGUUAUGAAAUCUUUAAAUACCAACCAAAGUAAAUUUCACAGAGCUCUUUUACAACUGUCCAUUCUUUGGUUUCCCUGCAUCUUCCGCAGAUUUCAGUUCUUCCCAACAGUGGCUAUAUGAUAUUGACAUCCAGCUUUUGACACUUAGGACAAUUGAGGGACUCAUACACAACUAUUACAAAAGGUGCAAUGAUUCAUUGAUGCUCAAGAAGGCAACACAAGAACCAAGAACAAAGGGGAUGCAAACUUUUGGACAGGAUGAUUUGUGUAAAUUAGAGUAAAUUUUGUUAUGUAGCUUCUGAAGAGCAGUACUGCAUAAAAAAAUAAGAUCUUUUAUUUCUUAUAUUUGUAUAAAUUCUGAAAGGGGUGUGAAAACUUACAAAACAAAAGGGACAUGUAGAAUUCUGCACUUAACUGUAUAUAUAGUUUGUGAAAAUGUAUAUUUUAUUUUAUAUUUUGUUUUUCAAGAUUUAACCACAUUUGACCUUUUUUUAAAUAUAAAAAUUCCAUGUAGCCAAUUCCAUCCAUAUGAUGUCAUAUUGCAUGUUUAAUGAUAAAAUCUCAUGUCAGGUACACAUUUUAACACAAGGUGCACAACAUUAGAACCUAAAAUUAAAAAUACAACCCCCACAUCUAAACAUUUAAGUGCUUCCCUAAUGGAAAAUCCAGCUUUAGCUGGUAGCUGUGUUUUGGAACAUGGUAGCUGGAUUCUAGCUUGUCCAAGCUGGUCAUGAGCUGGUCCAAGCUGGUCUAGCUGGUCUAGCUGGUCAUUAGCUGCUCCAUGCUGGUAGACCAGCUACCAGCUUGCCAUACCAGCUCAUGGUGGUCAAGCUGGUUUUUGGAACAUGGUAGCUGGUCGACCAGCUAAGGACCAGCUUAGACCAGUUCAUUGCCAACUUGGGCCAGCUCAUGACCAGCCUGAACCAGGGGAUUUCUAACUUGUGCUGACUGACAGAACGACAAAGAGUGCGAGCGCAAAGCACAUGACAUCACUGCCAUGGUAACCAGAUACAUUUCAGCUUAUUAGCUGAAAGACUAAAAUGAAAGUAUCUUGUAUCAUGUCAAAUCAACAUGCUAAGCAACGAAAUUGCUUCACUUCUCUGCAAACGAUACCAGAGACAAUAGCGAGAAGAACAAUGAGGAUAUUUAAUUUAAGAAGAAAAAAAUCAAUGAGCCUACCAGCUGAAACCGGGAUGUAAUUACAUUUUUUAGAGAACUUUCAGGACACUGGUACACACCACUACAGCUGCAUGCAGACAGAGAUGUGUUCAUUUAUUUCUGUUUUUGUUAUUUUAGUUUUGAUUUUGAUUUUUCAUUGCAUCACAAAUGCCAGGGACUCAGCUGGACUCGGAAAAAAAUCCCGAGUCCGAAAGGCUCGAGUCCGAGUAAAAAUGCAUCCGAGUCUGUGACAACUCCAAGUCCAUUAAAAUUGGUGUCCGAACUCGAGUACCCCAACUCUACAAAAUUUUGUUGACCAAUAUACCGAACUUAUCUUAAAGAAUUAAACCUGCAUGAUUUAAAUAAUUCAAAAAGUAAUUUACACUGCAGUAUUUUUGUGUUGUCAUUUUAUUUUAUUUUAUAAAAUAUUUCACCUUAAAAACAUACAGUAUAGUUGUUUGUAUUGGUGUGGUGUCCACACUGGUGUUUCCUCUGGUAAUUAAGAUAGCAUUUAAAAGAACACAACAUUUGAAGGUCAACUUUUUUCUGUUACGCUUUCACUUUAUCAUCAUUUCCUGUUAUUUUGGACAGGAAAACCACUAUGCAGAUACUUUUUUAGAGAGUAGUUUUGACCUUACUAUAUUUUCAUCAAACUUCAGGAAACAUGACUCUUCUCUAGUGGCCACUCCAUGUCGCUCUGAAUAGUUUCUGUAUACGUUGUCAUUUAUCAGACUCUUUUAGCUUCUUACAGGACUGUCUGCCUGAAACAACUUGGAUUUAUGUGUCUUCCUCAAGGACACAGUUAAGAAAUGGGAUACCUGCAACUCCUGUUCAUGGGUUAGUUUUUCUUAGGAGUGAAACUGAGCUUUUGCCUAUUAGCCCAGAUUUACAACAGUGCACUUCCUUCACCCGCAUAUACAUUAUUUUGCAGUCAAAACAUUCUAAAGGAAUGCGAUAAGACAUUUGAACAGGAUUCCUAUUGGAAUUUCCAUCAUCAUUUUGAACAAAUGCCAAAGGUUCUUAAAAGGAAUUUUCUUAUAAGAUUCCAACAUCAAGCACAAACUAGAUUUUCUAAAACACAUGGUUCCCAACAAGACUACUAUCAAUGCCAAAUGGAAGGUUUGGGAUACAGAAAUUAACUCAAACAUCAAUGUAAUUUACAUGAUCUUUCCAAACAUAACAUUAGGUUUGUUCGACUUUAUGCAGUGCUGCGCAGACCGAUCGGCACUGUACUUGAAGCAGUGCAUGUCGUUUAGGAAUUUUGUCCAACUUGAACCGGCGCCACCACUGUGUCACUGUUACGUAUGCCAUCAAAGUACCGCGAGAGCAAUUCGAGAGCAGCCGGUUGGUGCAGUCACUCCAGAGCAGCUGCACAAGCUCUGAUGACGACACAGCUCAUUCACGAUUGGCCAGACUCACAACGUGACACGUGUUUGAUGGGCUGCGGUCGCAAUUGCAUACUUCACAUAGUACUUUCCUACUUCUGCUAUGUCAUUUAUAAGAGUAGAGUGGUAGUAUGCCAUUAUCAUGGUGUUUAUUCUGACACGUCCAGUUCUGCGAAAACUCUCACAACAUGUGUUUUUAUAACAGUACAUCAUGUUUAUAUCAUGCUAAUGAUGCUAUAUUAUGUUUGUCAUAGUAAUAUAAUGUUUUUUCAUAAAACAUUUUUAAAAAAUUCAAAAUGAUUAAAAAUACUGACUCCUUUAUUGGACUUUCUUCUUAUACAAACAACAGGCACUGUAUUAAGCAGCACAUAACCUUUUCAAACGAACAAUGUUUCUGGUUAUUUUCAAACAUCUGUCUGUCUAUCUGAAUUCCAGUUCAUCUGUAAUAAAGAAAGCAAACAUCGUGUGAUCUUCCGUGACUGGUGUGGGUUUAGCAUGUGACUGGAAGCACAAAGUGUCCGGCGUGGCUGCACUCUUUUCAACUCAUCAACCGACUGCAACCGGCAAAUCUCGCCGAUCGGCAAAUCGAGAUGCAGUUCAAGUCGAACACACCUAUUUGGUUCACUGGUCAUCAUGAGUAAGGGUGUGUGUCUUACAAUCCACUCAAGGUUCAU